AUGGCAGCUUCAGACCAGCAACCCUACUUCAUCUUCGUUCUGGGCCCCCCAGGCGCGGGCAAAGGGACGCUCUGUUCCGCUCUUGCGAAGGAACAGGGAUUCUACCACUUCUCAGUUGGCGACUAUUUGAGAGAGAUCUGCUCCAAGAACUCAGCCCUAUCGGAGAAGGUCCGACGAUACCUGGCCUCUGAAACUAUGCUUCCAAACGACCUGAUCAAAGCAAUCUUCGACGACGACAUCCUGCCAAUGGUGCGCGCCAGGAAGCAUCCCUGCAUCAUCGUCGAUGGCUUUCCACGCAGUGCCUCUCAGAUUCCAGAUUGGGGAGUAGGAGUGCCAGCCUUGGUCUUGUUCUUUGACUGUCUCAAGGAGAUUGCUGCCAAAAGAGUCAUUGAACGCCGUCGAAGUGAUGCCUCACCUGAAACCCUCGCGGCUAUUUUUGAACGCAGAUAUGCUCAACAUGAGGCUGAGAACCACAAAAUUAUUGAUCAUUACGCAAUGAUGCAAUGGUCUCUCCCAGUCAGUGACGAGAGCCUUUGUUUUCCGGAAGCCUCCCUGGCUUGCAUGGAUAAGUCCAUACUGGUCAAAAUCGACACGAGCAAGACGACCGAGGAGUCAUGGGAGGAACUCAAACGGACGCUCAACUUGUCUCUUCCCUGGAACAAUCUGAUUGGAGACAUUCAUUUGCACGAGAAAACAAAGGAUGCUGAUGCUGGAGGUUAUGAUGGCGAUGACGAGGAUGAUUAUAAAAGUUCAGGUGAAGAUGAAGAGGCUAAUUAUGAAACUGAUGAAGACGACGAGUACAAGUAUAAAGGCGUUGGAGAUGUAGAAGAGGAGUGUGAAAGUGAUCCAAAUGAAGAGGGCGAGGGCGAAGGUGAUGAAAAAAGUGAAAAGGAUGAUGAUGUUGCUACGCGGGAGGAAGCCUACAAAACUGAAUGA